AUGGGAGUCACCGGAAGUUUAACUCCAGAUCAGCUCCAGUUUUUCCACUCUCAAGGGUAUUUGGUAAUCGAAUCUUUCGCGAGUGAGGAUGAGAUUAGAAGCUUGAGGAAGAGGAUGGAUGAGUUGCUCAAUCAAUUUGAUUGUUCCGUCUCUUCGAUUUUCUCCACUAAAAAUCAGAAGCGCACCACCGAUAAUUACUUCUUUGAGAGCGCUGAAAAAAUCUCCUUCUUCUUUGAAGAAAAAGCUUUUGGCGAUGAUGGGGAAUUGAAGCAACCGAAAGAGCUUUCUAUAAACAAAGUUGGGCAUGCACUGCAUGAGCUUGACCCAUUGUAUAAGGAGUUCACAUAUUCGUCCAAGGUUUCAAGUUUAGUAUCAUCCUUAGGUUACAGGAGACCAGUCAUCAUGCAGUCUAUGUACAUUUUCAAGCAACCUGGAAUUGGAGGGGAAGUUGUGCCUCACCAAGAUAAUUCUUUUGUGUACACGGAUCCACCGAGUUGUACUGGUCUCUGGAUGGCUUUAGAAGAUUCUACAACAGUUAAUGGUUGCCUUUGGGCAAUUCCUGGAUCUCACAAGAAUGGCCUGGUUAGAAGGUUUAUCCGAGGUGAAAGUGGUGUAACCUUUGAUAGGCCAUCUCCAUCUUACGAGCAGAAAGAUUUUGUGUCUAUUGAAAUGAAAGCAGGCUCAAUGAUUGCCAUUCAUGGUGAUCUAAUCCAUCAAAGUUUCGAGAAUCUUUCCUCGAAGUCAAGACAUGCCUAUAGCUUACAUGUAGUAGAAUCUGAUGGAUGUAAAUGGACAGAAGACAACUGGAUACAAAGAGAAAAAAUGCCUGAGCCUCUCUACGUUCCUUGA